AUGGAAAACUCGUUGGGUUUGCUAAGAAUCCACGUCAUCAGAGGCAUAAACCUUGCUAAAAGAGAUGCCAGAAGCAGCGAUCCUUACGUCCUUGUUAAGAUGGCCAAUCAGAAAUUGAAGACUCGUGUUGUGAAAAAGAAUGUCAAUCCUGAGUGGAAUGAUGAACUCACUUUAUCUAUUGCUGAUCCAAAUCUUCCAAUCAAGCUGGAAGUUUAUGAUAGAGAUACAUUCACUCGAGACGACAAAAUGGGAGAUGCAGAAUUUGACAUCAAAACAUUUGUCGAAGUUGUAAGGAUGCGCUUGCAGAAAAUUCCAAGUGGAACUAUAAUCACAAAAAUAAAACCUACCCGGCAAAACUGCCUAGCCGGGGAAAGCCCUAUUACCUGGGAAAAUCAGAAAGUAAUUCAGCAUAUGUUUUUAAGACUUAGAAAUGUCGAGUGCGGGGAAAUCGAACUCCAGUUGCAGUGGAUAGAAAUUCCAGACUCCAGGGGUGCGUAG